GAAAAGAUACGCAACAGCAGCAGCAACGAGAACAGCCGAGGAGCGAGCAGAGUAUAACCGUAAACGGCAGUAGAGCCGCCUCCGGAAUAGUCCUUUGGCUUUGGCUUGCUGGUAUAGUGAGUGUGAGAAUAAAAAAAACAAGUGCGAGUAAGAACGCAGAACAAAAAUACAAGCAAAGGGUCUGGCAGUCUACGGUCUCCGUCUCCCAUAUCAGACUCGGAGUUGCUCAGAAGUGAGAACGUGUGUAUAGUCAGAGUUAUUAGGAAAGACGAUGGUAAUGAGAUAAAUUAAAUAAUAUUUAUUUAUAAAUGUUACGUUGGAGUGAGAAUAAUCAGGAUGGUGUAGAAACUGUUUGUGUAUUGUUGAGGAUCAACUUUGUUUUUAAUUUUACUGAAACAAAAUAAACGGUGAGCUGGUGUAUUAAUGGCUGCUGAGGAUGUUUUGCCAAUUUAUUUAUAUACAAAAAUGGUUAUUACAUUUACCACUGGCUUAUCGACAUUGAUGAUAUGAUUAACUGUCAAUAAAGUAUAUCUACGUUCGCCGAUUAAAUGGGGGCUAAUGUGGAAUUUAAAUGCGGGAUUUAUUAUGAAGUUAUUGUGAUUAAACUUAUUGUGAUCGGUGAAUAGUGUGAUUUGUGUAUAAGAGGCCUCGUAUUUUUAUAUGAUGUCGGUCGCUUCUUUUGAAGUGCCCUACGCUGUAUUUAUAGUACUUUUGAUACUAUGGAACGUUUCUUAUACAAUAGCUCGACAGGAUGCCGAAACUAGUGAAGAUCAAGAUAAUAAUUACAAUAAUGUUAAUAAAUGUCCGAUAAAAUGUGCCUGUCUGGGCAAUGUUGUUGAUUGCAGUGGUUUGCAAUUGAUUUCAUCGCCUAGUAAAUUACCACCAUGGACCGAAAUAUUAGAUUUAAGCUCGAAUAAACUAGAGGAUAAUUUUACAUUUUCAAUGUCACAUCUCCCUCAGCUAACUAGUCUAAAACUCAAUAAAAAUUUAUUUAGCCAUAUACCAGAGCUCUCAUUGUUGGGCAAUUUAACUCACGUUUCAAUUUCCCACAAUUUUAUUGGUGAUAUUGAUGGGACUGCUCUACGAAAAUUACCUCAUCUCCAGUCUCUGGAGUUGCCGAGUAAUAAAAUAAAAGUAUUAAGACGAGGCUCUUUUUUAGCACCCAAUCAACUAAUUCGACUAAAUUUAAAUAUGAAUGAGAUUAGUGAGAUGGAACCUGGCUGCUUAGAUAAUUUGACACAGCUCGAAGAGUUAAGGCUAAAUAAAAAUAAUUUAACCCAUCUCGUCAAGGAUGUUUUUGUAAAUCUAACACAGUUAAAACUGCUUGAAAUAAAUAAAAAUGAAUUGCAACAAAUCCAAGGCUUGAGUUUAAAAAAUCUAACGAGCUUAGAGGAGUUAAGAUUGAAGAGAAAUAAAAUAGAUACGCUCGAAGAUGGAGCUUUCUGGCCGCUCAGAAAUUUACAAUUAUUGCAGCUUGAUUUUAACAUGUUGACUGUGGUUAAAAAAGGAGGACUGUUUGGAUUGGAUAAUCUGCGUAAAUUGACACUAUCGCAUAACCAUAUAUUUAAAAUUGAAUCCCAGGCAUGGGAGCUGUGCAAAGAAAUUCGCGAAUUAGAUUUGUCCAACAACAGACUAACAUCAAUAGAACGAGGGACUUUUGAGUAUCUAUUGAAAUUGGAAAAGCUUAAACUCGAUCACAAUAAAAUUUCAUUCAUUUCAGACAGUGCUUUCACCAGCAUUCCCAACUUAAAAAUUCUGGACAUAAAUUUCAACAAAAUAUCAUACAUGAUUGAGGAUAUAACAACUGGAGCUUUUGUAGUUCUUGGUCAGUUAAAAAAGUUGGGCCUGGCAUCCAACCAAAUAAAAUCCGUGAAUAGAAACGCGUUUGGGGGACUAGAGCGUCUUGAAGAAUUGGAUCUUCAAGGGAAUAAUAUAACGAGUAUUCAAGAGAAUGCCUUUAGCCCGAUGCCGAACUUGUCCAAGCUCAAAAUGAACACAGGUGCCUUGGUGUGUGAUUGUGGGCUCCAAUGGCUGAGCGUUUGGCUGCGCGAACACAGAUACAACGAAGCGAAAGCGAGAUGUGGAUACCCUCACUGGCUAAAAUCCAUGCAUUUAACACAAUUACAUCAUGCUAAUUUUACAUGUGAUGAGUUCCCGAAACCCCGUAUUAUUGAGGAGCCGAGCAGCCAGAUGAGUAUAAAAGGCGAAAAUGUCACGCUGACUUGUCGAGCAACCAGCACAGCUGACACUCCUUUACAGUUUACUUGGAAGCAUGAAAAUACGGAGCUGCGGGAUGUCGAUAUUGAAACGAGUCACAUAGCAUCCGAAAAUGGUGUAACUGAAGCAUUGUCCUCGCUACACCUUAUAAAUGUCAGCCAUGAGGACGCUGGCAAGUAUCAAUGUAUGGUCGCCAAUACCUUUGGGACUUCUUAUUCUGCGAAAGCAAAAAUCAGUGUUCUUGUAUAUCCAUCAUUUUCAAAAAUUCCCCAAGACAUAAGUGUAAUGGCUGGAAGAACAGCUCGCUUGGAAUGUUCCGCAGAAGGUCAUCCUUCACCACAAAUAGCGUGGCAAAAAGACGGUGGUAAUGAUUUUCCAGCUGCCCGAGAAAGACGAAUGCACAUGAUGCCAUCAGAUCCAGUACUUUUUAUAAUCGAUGAUGUUAAAAGUGCAGAUACCGGAGUAUACUCUUGUACAGCGCAAAAUCUCGCUGGUGUUAUUGUUGCCAAUGCAUCAAUAACAAUAUUCGAAGAGCCGUCCUUCGUGAAACCAAUGGAGAACCGCGUUAUAUCUGUGGGAUCAUCAAUUGUCCUCGAGUGCAUGGCAAGUGGAUCACCACGUCCAAAACUUUUAUGGCGAAAAGACGGGGUACCUUUGUUGGCAACUGAGAGACACUUUUUCACCGCUGACGAUCAAUUAUUGAUUAUUGUUAAUACAGUAUUAAGCGACGCCGGAAAUUACGAAUGCGAGAUAAAUAAUACAUUAGGCAAAGCAGUGGGAGUUUCUCGGUUGACUAUCAGUCCAGUCUCAUCACCGGUGGUUAUUCAGACAAAUGUAUUGAGUAUUGUUAUUGUCGCGGUUGUAAGCUGUGUCGUUGGUACUUCGAUAGUAUGGGUUAUCAUUAUGUACCAAUCGCGACGGCGUUCGAAGGUUACAAAAAAUUCUAAUGGACAAGUGCCCAUAAGCGGAGAGCCAGCUAUUACUGAUGGACAAACUACACAAUUGUACCUGGAUUCUAGUUCUCAGCACAGCAAGGAUAGCGGUACCGGCGACAGUACUAAUCCCGAGGAAAUAGUUACCUGUGGUACUCAUAAUGACGAGGAUGCUGCUGCCGUAAGUGGCGAGGAUCCGUUACUGCAAUACACAAAUCACCAGCGAAAUAUCCAGAUAGACAGUAAUGAUAUACCAUAAAAGGUAAUAAUAGACCUUUUGUGGAGAGCUUACGUGAGAAAAUAUAUAUUAAAGAGAACAAAAAAUAUAGUAUUAUAUGUAAAUUCGUUUAGUGAGGUUUUUAAAAGUUGGAAAAAAUUACCCAUGUAAAAUGUACUUCCUCUAACGACGAAUUGGCUAAUUGAUCAGUGGCCUUGUGUCAUCAAUGAUCGCUCAGUAUUAGGAUAAAG